GAGCGGGAUGUACUUACUAACCAUCUGCUUGCAUGGCAUGGGUUAACUGAGCCUGUGGGAUUGUGCUUACCUAAACAAAACCACUGCAGUGAGGGGAAAAACAAUGAAUGGGUGGAGAUGAUCAGCCCAUGCAUUCCAGCUAGUGCAGUCCAGGCAGCAAUGACAGCCUGAAGGUUGCAGCAGCUUCGGGAUCUGCAUUCCAAGUGCACAGAUCUUACAGUCUGGAGUGAUUUUACGUGGAGCUGCUCUUUAUUUGCUGAGCCAUGGCCAGUAACCAGGCCAGCCUGCAGGAUGAUCAGAGCAGGCACUGCAAGUUCUUAUCCUAUAUGUUCUACCAGGCUGUGAGAGAUCACAAGCCUGUGUGGAUGCUGGAAGACAUGAGAACUAUGGAGUAUUUUUACUGGGAGGAAAAUGCCAGCCUAAGAACCUACUCACCUUCAGAAGCCCUUCUCUAUGCAGUGGUGCAUAACCACCUGCCUUAUGCUCAGUAUCUGCUGUCUCAUUUUCCAGAGGAGGCUCUCAAGGUGCCUGGGGAACAUUUCUGCUAUUGCCCAUCCUCUGCUCCUCACUUGGCCAUGGCGGUCACAUAUGACAGGAGAGAUAUCUUGGGGCUGAUCAUCAAAAUUGCACACAAGCUCCCCAGCUUGAACUCCUACAUCAAUAGGACUGGCUGCUUUCAUCUGGAAGACGGGAAAACCCCCCUGCACCUUGCCUGCGAACUGCUGAGGUCAGAGACAGUCCUCAUUCUCCUCGGGAAUGGAGCUUCUCCCAGGAUAGAGGACAGUAAAGGGCUCACCCCGCUGGAUGUCAUCCUGGAGCAGAUGUGGGACUCCAAAGUCAAUGUGGCAUCAAAGAAGCUCUGCCUCGACUACCUCUUGCUCUUCAUGCCCAACCCACAGUUUAAGAUGCGGAAAGUUCUGCAGGAGCAUCCGGACCACUGGACAGCUUUGCUGGGGGAAGACAAAUUCAACAGCCUGGUGGGGAACACACCUGCUUCUUUAUAUCUGCAAGCUAUGCAAACUAUUCUCCAGACUCUUCCCCCCUCCCACUUCCCUAAAAGCAUCCAAGAACUACCUAUACCUCAGGCACUAAAGCCCUUACCAUCCUAUGGCAAAAAGCUACCGACAAAAAAUGUGGUAAAUGUUUUUCCUUGACUUUAUUCACUGGGUCUUGGAUUUUCAAAGGCAACUUAGGGGAGCUGGUCAUCCACCACCCUCUGCAUUUUAGUGUGAUUUUAGUACUUAACCUAUUAGGCUAUGCUGGAAAAUCCAAUAUUUUGUGACAAGAUUUUAAACGUCUUUUAUAAUUGAUUGCAGGCACGGCACUUUUAAAGACAAAAGCCUUCCUUGUUUUCUGUUUUGUUGUGCAUGUGAAGGGUUAACUGUAGUCGAGACUGUGUUAUGUUUGGUUUCUUAGCUGUCAGGUGGUAUCAUUGUAUCUGAAUUUCCAAUAUGAUAACUGUAUCCUGUGUAACUUACCUGGGUAAAAAGGAACUAUGUGCCCAGUGGAAUUUUCAAAUGGUGUAACUAUGGGACUGUGUUCUGCUAGAGCUGGGAGAAAUACCAUCCUGUACCAACAGGGUUCAAACACCAGGUUUCCUUUCUAACAAUGAUCUAGCAUCAUCUAGUAAUAACCAAAAAGUCCAUGGCUGAGGCUGCAGGGACAUAGAGGCAGUCCUGCAGGGUACCUGAUUUUACUGAGUUACUUUACAGCAGGUCACAGCAUGGAGGGCAUGAGUUCAGAGAGGGGCAGUGAGUGUAUAUUCCUGGAGGGGGGACAGAGACUGGCAGAAUAGCUAACAGAAAGCAUCCUGUCUCACCUGGGAGUGAGGGGGUUAAAGGCAAUCCCAGCCCUGAUGCCUCUAUAGACUUGUGCAAUGGGUAAGGAACCAUUUUCCCUGCUGUCCAGUAAACACAUGGUAAUCAGAGCAGGGCCAGUGGAAGCCCUGUCCUUCAUAAGUGACAUUAUUUCUCCCUGACUUGUGUUUUAAGGCUGAAUGUAUCUCCACAGGAGAUGUAGCUCAGUAAUGUGAUUUCCCAGUGGGUCUCAGAGCCACGGGCAUUUGCUAGGUAUCUUAAGCUGGAGUAUGAUGUUGUGCUGUUAAAAGUUGUCACUGGUUGUCAUUUAGAGUAUUUUUGCCACCCGGGUCCAGACAGAGGGCCUGAUCCUGGAAAAUACCAAAAGUUCUAUUGACUCCCCUGGGCACUGCAGGCAGGGUGUGUUCGCAGAAAGCAGGGCUGGGGCUGCUCUGCUUUCUGGGAAGCUCUGCACCUUGCUGCCCAGGCAGACCCCUGUCUGUCCAAGGCACUGGUCCUGCUCUCCUGGCCGUGCUCAGCACCAAUGGAGCAGUGGCAGGAUCCCAACUCCCUCUGGGGGACAUCCCUUAUUUUGGACACCAACGUUCUCCUCUCUUUGUAAGUGCAACCCUUUGCUCUGCUGAAGCAGCGUAACGCAUUUCCCCAGAUCCAUACUGAACAGCAGUGAAGAAAUCAUUCAUCUCUUUAAAUAAAUUUGGAGCCAAAGGCAGUGGGGCACAAACCCCUUUUGGCAAGGCUCUGGCUAAGAAAGGAUGUGUGUUCACAUCUCAAUUGCUCCAUGCAAAAGUGGCUCAUGUCUCAUCUGGCUAAUUCCCUGUGUGUGCCAAGGUGGCUGUGCUGGAGCUGCACCCUUUUUUCCAUCAGCACAGGGAGCAUUUCUGCUCAGUUUCCCUAGGCACGGGGCACCUGCUGUGUGCCAGGACACCAGCUAUGACAGCCACAGCCAGGUGGAGAUUUCCUGCAGGGCACAGCCAACUGGAACAUCCUUUCAGAGACACCGGGAUGCUCCUCCCGGACACCCCUUCCUGCGUGCCGUGGAAGCACCUCAGCACCAGUGCUGCUAAGUGAAAGCAUAGGCUUGCUUGUGAGAUGGAGAAAAUGUCAGCCCAGCCCUAGAAGUGGGGAGCAGGCCGCAAAGGGGUUAACCCUGCUCCCGAAAUCCCACAUCUCUGGUGCAGCAGUGUCCUUCCUCCCCAGCCCCUGGGGACUUGCAUGUCUUUCCCCAUCUGUGUCUAUUCUUCCUUGUGCGAUAGGGGAGGGUGCAGGCAGUGGCAGAGAAAUUCAGGGUCAAUCUUGGGUGAGGGUUUUGCAGCGAGGCUGCUGGCUUGGCAGCUUCUGUGGCAGGCAGAGGCUGUCACAGUUUGGGAAGCAAAGCAGAGCCCAAGGCAGAUUUGCAUUAUAAGCGGUGGCUGAGCUGCUUCUGCCAAGCCCUGCAGGCUCCCCAGCCCUGACAGCCCCCAGAAACCCGGCGCUGGAAGCAGAGCACGAAGCAGGUGCUCGCUGCCCAAGGCUGAGGAAAGCAACUAUGCAGAGCAUGGCCCCUGUGGCACCCCAGGAGUCCGGAGCAGCAGGAUUGGGUUUGUCCCCAGCAGCAAUGCGGUAUCUCAUUCGGAUGUCGGUGGGCGAGAGGCGGAGGAGGCUGGUGGUGGCUAUUAUUAGAAUAGUAAUUAGGCCCCAGGAGCCGAGAUCCCAGGGAAGGAGGGAAGGGAAAUCAUCAACUGUUACUGCACCCGCUUGAAACCAUGAGAGUUUCGGUGCUAUAAAGAGUUUCAGAAAAGACAGGAGGGAGGGGAAGGCUGUUCGACUUACAAACCAAAGGAGGCAGGUAGGGAUUCUUGGUAUUAAUGUGGUAGCACUUUCUAGUAAGGCAGGGGGCUGUACCCAGAGAGCCAGAGCAACCCACUGGGAGCAAGUGGGUCUAAAAUGGUGCAGGGAUCU